AUGGAGUAUGAGAAUGGAGCAUAUAAUGCAGCAGCAAUACAAGAAUGUUUAAGCUCAAUAGAAGAGCAGGUGAACCAGAAUAGGAGUCAGAAGGAAGAUAGUGCCGUGGAACCUAAUAAAGAUGUAAGUGAACACCGAAGCCUGCUGGUGCAAAGGGAGAUUGCACCUGGAGAGUUGGUAUAUGGGCAGGGGCUUCUUGGCCUGCCAGGGAUCAUUUGUGGCCUCCUUAGUCUUUGUGGCAAUAACAAUGAUGUCCUCGACAGAAAUGAAGAGUCUAUAAAUAAUAAUAAUGUAGAAGGAGCUUCACCCCCACCGUUGGUUGUUGCACCACUGGCAACCCCUGGAAACCUGCAGGUCAUUAAAAGCACCAGGUUCAUGGAUGAUUUAGGAAAAGCUAUAAAGCUGUACCGCACUCGCGGCAUGAAGCGAGGAGCGCUCGUUUUGUUCAGCUACUCCGAGUUCUCGACCGGGGAGAACUUCAGAGACAUUACUAGCGACAACGAGAUGGUGACGGAUCUGUUCAGGCAGAUCGGCUUCAACAUGGUCGCGCAACACGAAAACAAGACUAAACAGGAAACAUUGGACUUAAUAAAGGGCCUCAAGCUAGAAGGCUCCGAGUGUGUUUUCUUCGUGGUUUCGUCGCACGGGUACGGCCGGGACGGGAUGUGGGACACCGAGAUCCGCUGCACGGACGGCGGGCUGGUCUCUUCCCAUGAGGUCGUCGACCUUUUCAACAGUGAGAACCAGCCGACGCUGGACGGGGUACCUAAGGUGUUCAUAUUUCAGGCGUGCCGCGGUAAGAAGUUGCCGCCUGAGCUAGAGGGAGUGAUAACAGACGUCUCCAAUUUUGACGAGGACACCGAGGCACGUGCCUCCCGCCGCCGCGCGCGCAACUACUCCGAUAUACUCAUCGCACACUCCACGCUGCCAGGUUUCGUCUCACCCCGCAACGAGGGUGCCAACAAAGGCUCCUGGUACAAGCAAGCGCUAUGCUCCGUGUUCGCCGCGCACGCGCACGACCACCACGUGGUCGAGCUCUUCCAGCUGGUCGACGAGGCGCUCAAGCGACGUUGCCACGCCACCACAACCACCGUCGAGAGCUGGGGCUUCAACAAGCAUCUUUACCUGCAUCCUGGCUUGGUUGAAGACGCGAAUGGCAACCCUAAAACCCUGUAGUAGAGUUCAAAAGACCGGUCUUCUCAAGCGACGUUGCCACGCC